AUGGCGACCACCGAGGAAAAACAGCCUCCACACGAUGUCAACUCUCCGGAGAACUCGUUGACGGAUACCAACACGCUUGAUCUCCCACCUUCGUGGAAAUACAAGCGCUUUACCGUCGCCGGUUUCAAGUUGCCAUGGUUUGCAUCACCACCUGUCCAACUGGUCAUUGUUUCUUUCGUUUGCUUCAUGUGUCCGGGCAUGUUCAAUGCUCUGAAUGGCAUGGGUGGUGGUGGCCAACUUGACGCAACCGCGAACAACCGGGCCAACACGGCAUUGUACUCGACCUUUGCUGUUGUCGGCUUCUUUGCCGGCACCUUUACGAACAAGCUUGGCAUCCGCACCUCUCUGUCUUUUGGCGGCGUCGGAUACUCCAUCUAUGUUGCCUCUUACCUAUGCUACAACCACACGCAGAAUCUGGGCUUUACCACAUUCGCUGGUGCACUACUUGGAGUAUGCGCUGGUCUGCUUUGGUGUGCGCAGGGAGCCAUAAUGAUGUCUUACCCACCAGAAGACUCGAAGGGCCGUUACAUCUCAUGGUUCUGGAUGAUCUUCAACUUGGGUGCUGUCAUUGGUAGUCUGAUCCCAUUGGGACAGAAUAUUCACACCAAGACUGCCGGUACAGUCAACGACGGUACCUACAUCGGCUUCCUUGUCCUCACCAUCCUCGGUGCCGCUCUCGCUUGGACUCUGGUCGACGCGAAAGACGUCAUUCGUGACGAUGGAUCAAAGGUUAUCGUCAUGAAACACCCUUCUUGGAAGUCGGAGAUCGUUGGUCUUUACCAAACCUUCUUCACCGACCCUUACAUUAUCCUUCUAUUCCCCAUGUUCCUCGCAUCUAACUGGUUCUACGCGUACCACUUCACCGAGAUCAAUGCUGCAUACUUCAACGUCCGCACCCGCGCGCUCAAUGGUGUUGUCUACUACAUCAUGCAGAUUGUCGGCGCCUACGUCUUUGGAUAUGCGCUGGACAUCAAGGGUAUCCGCCGUACAACUCGUGCUAAGGCCGUAUGGGCUGUACUUUUCGCGACCAUCAUGAUCAUCUGGGGUUUCGGUUACAUGUUCCAGAAGACCUACGACCGUGCCUGGGCAGAAGACGAGACAAACGAGAAGAAGGACUGGUCUGACGCAGGUUACGCUGGUCCCUUCGUUCUCUACAUGUUUUAUGGCUUCUCCGAUGCCGCUUGGCAAACCUCAGUCUACUGGUUCAUGGGCGCCCUGACAAACAACAGCCGUAAGCUCGCCAACUUUGCUGGUUUCUACAAGGGUAUCCAGUCUGCUGGAGGUGCCAUUACAUGGCGUAUGGACGACACUAAGGUCGCCUACAUGACAAUGUUUGCCAGCAACUGGGGAUUGCUUGCCGGCAGUCUGAUUAUUGCUCUUCCCGUAAUUCUCUGGAAAGUCGAAGACACUGUCGCCAUUGAGAAGGAUGUCGCUUUUACCGACGAGACAGUCGCGGAAGUCGCUCCCAAGGCGAUCGUCCACACAGCGCAUAGCGAUGCUGAGAAGGUCUAG